AGUAUAGGAAGCAGGAGGGGUACAGUAUGACCUAGCUUUGCUGUAUCUCAGUGCUGAAAAGGCCACGAAGAUGAGCUUGGUGUGCUUUGUGCUUUUGGUUCAGCUCUUUGAGGCCUAUGCAGAGGUGAUAUUUAAGAAUCUGACAGAGAACCAGUCAUUGGAGCUCUCCUGGUCCCGUCGGCAGGAACACAGCAACCUGAAGGGCCUCUACCUGUACCACCGCAGCGCCCAGAGCCAGACCACCCUGCUGUCCAUGACUGAGGGCAGCAAGCUCAGGGUCCACUGGGAGCACAAGGAGCGUCUGCAGACUUCAGGAGGACUGCACUCCCUGCAGGUCAAUGUAACCAUAUCCCACUUACAGCACAGUGACACUGGGCUCUACAUGUGGGAGCUGAGCUACAGGGACAACAGCUCUGAGCAGAACGUCGUCUACUCUCAGAAGGUUUUCUUGUUAGUACAAGGGACAUCAGGGACGACAUGCCAGUGCUCUGAAAAUUACCCGUCACUGCUCUUGGUCAUCUUUACAGCAGUUGUGCUUCUUCUGCUCACACUCGGCUGCCUGGCCAUAGAAAGAUGUAGGAAGACGAAGCAUCACAGCACACCACAAUCUCCUCCUAUCUAUGAGGAAAUGACCAGGAAGCAGCAAAGUACCGGAAGUUCCCAAAAUAACCAUGAGGCCCCGUCACACCUGGAGGAAGCCAACUUCCCCGUUUAUGCAAACCCCAACAUCACACAGCAACAGGAGAACUAUUACGCCUGCCCCAGACAGCUCGCCCUCAGACCCUGAUGUGAUUUCCGGUAUCAGACUAAUGUUGCAGCAGAUACAUACAGAUGACACCAGCGUUUCUGCAAAUGUGUGAUACCACAGCUACAAAUAAAAUAUCAUCUCACUGGAGUGAAGAGACACAGAGAGACAAACACCAAAUAAACAAAUGGCACAUUUUUUUAACAGCCAAGAAAAAAAUGCUAUUUUAUUAAUAUUUGAAAGAAGCUCCAUAGUUCAUGAAAUCAUUUGUUUCGGUGCAUGUCAUUUAACAAUCACAUUCUAUGAGGAGAAAGAGAUAUACAGAGAGAAAAAAUAAAACAUUACAAGCCACUGACUUUUCAUUAAAUCUCAGUACAGACAUUUUUACUUAAUAUUAAAAAAAAAAACAAAAAAAAAAAAGCAGCCCUAAUCCCAAAUACCUCACCCACCCUCCGAUAUCCCAACACAAAACCUUAACUGAGAAAAAACAAAAAGACAAAAAAAAAAACAAAACAAAAAAAUAAAACCCCUUGAGGGUGACAGGCUAGAAUCCCACAGUGCUAAAGAGUGAGACGCUCAUUGGUUUUAGGAAUACACAGCAUGGCGAUGUAGCGCUAGGUCAAUCUGAAUCAGGGGAAGGAAGCUGGAGGUGGAGGGCUUGACAUGAAUCACCUCUCCACCCACUUAAAAAAAACAAAACAAAAAACACAUUGGAUCCCAAAAACCCCUGCAAUAGAUCAGCCACUUAGAAGUCGGCCAUAAUCCCCCCACCCCCAUCUUCCCCCCCUCCCCAACACUUGUGCAUAGUUUCAUGAUCCUUUACAACCAGCUCAUGUCUUAUAAACAUCCUCCAAAUGUGAAAAAUGUUCCACAAAAGUCUGAUUUAUCUAUUAAUAAUACCCGCUGUGGGAGAAUGAGAGAGAGAGACAGAAAGAGAUAGAGAGAGAGAGAGAGAGAGAGAGGAAAGAAAGAGUAAUGCACAAUGUUCCUGAUUCAGUCAGGACGGGACCUCAUUAAGAAAACACAAUAAAGAUUCAAACAUACAGCAUUUUGCAUGUUAUUCACUGUCUUUCUUUUUUUUUUUUUAACAAUCAAAAUCAUUGACCAUUUUUGUUUUUAAAUGUAAAGCAAUUUUAAUAUAUAGAUUUAUAUAUAAAGCACUCCAUUUUCAUUUAAAGUCCAUUAUUUGGUUAUUAUGUAACUGCUACGGAUUUAGAAACAAAAGGUAUUUUCUCUUCUUCUGAAAUCCAUAACUUUCAGUGCUUAGAAUCGUUUCUUUUAAAUCAUCCUUUUUUCUUUUUUUUUCCAUGUUUUUUUUUUUUUAACUCGUCAUAAAAAUGUACAUUAAAAUGGCGUGGAGUUGGUACUCUGGAACCCUGGCCUUCCUGAGACAAGAUCCACUUUUUCGUGUGUGUGCAAGAUAGUGAGCAAUUAUGUCUUUUUUUCUUUUCAUUUUUCUUUUUCUUUUUUUUUU